AUGUUGUUACUAUGGAAAAACCUACUGAUAAUGAUGGGAUGGGUUAAUGAGAUCGAAAAGUUUGAUACGAAAGAAGUCUUGACAAAGAAACAGACUGAUUAUAUUGUGAAUGCUCACAACUCAUUUCGUCAAAAGUUCUCGAACGGAAAAGUUUAUCUGAAUGGUGUGCAAUGGCCUCAGGCAAAGAAUAUUUAUAAAUUAGUAAGUCACUCGAGUACAAUUCAAAGUAAAAGCGAUGUAUUAUACAUGAUAUCAAAGUACUGUAAUAUACCAAGUUGAGCCAAACAUGGUUAAAAUAUGUGUAAUAUUAUAUUAUACCUUAUAGACAUACAGAAAACUGAUGGCUUCAGCAGCACAAGAUCAAGUAAAUAGCUGUAGCUUUAACUCGAACCUAGCUCGGUUUGGACAAAAUAUUUGUAUAUUAGACAAGGAUGACCAUGGUAUGUUGUUUUCGGCCAAAAGUAAACGCUAUAUUUAAAAAAUAUGAUCAUUAUGGCAAUUAUUAAGCUGUUCAAAUAAUUAUGUGCCCCCUCUCCAAGCAAAUUUACUAUGAUAAGGAGAAUAUCUUGAACAACCUAAUAUCUCUCGUAAUAAAUAGCCUACUGUUAAAGGCUCAAUUACAAGUUAUAUUACAGAUAAUAUUUAAAAAAAUGUUAUAGACGAUGUAAUUGAAUCAUGCUUCGAUAACUGGUCAAUGAGCGCAAUCAGGUUAAAUCCUCAAACUGAUUUGACAUUUGAUAAGAACAUGUCAUUGUCAAGUAACUUUACUCAGUUAUUGUGGGCCAGAACUACGCUUAUAGGGUGUGGUAUUAAUGACUGUAGAAAGAAUGGCAAAGAUGUUACUAUUUUUCUUUGUAAUUACUUCCCUGCGUAAGUUUAUUUAUAUAAAAACUGGUUUUGUAUUGAUAUAACUCAUAUAUUGAGUACCCAUGGAAGCAAAAAUACUUUCACCAAACGUUAUAAUACAUAUAUAUCAAAAUACUAUACGAGACUAACAUCAAUAAAACCUUAAACUUUAGAGGGAACGUGUUGAAUGAACAAGUGUACGAGCCAGGAAGACGUUGUGUUUAUGAUGAAGACUGUAAUUUGCAUAAAAGUUCUAAAUGUGAAAAGGAAGGGCUAUGUUCAACAACACACGAUCGUGUCAUCGGCGAUCGACUACCAUUCAAAAUUCAAACAGAAUGGGACGAGUUGUAA